AUGUCAAGGAACGAGGAUAUUCUGAAGGCUCAUGCAGAGCCAGUAUCGGCGAUGGAGCCUCCUCCUUCAUAUGAUUUCGAACAAACUCAACAUACUCUACAAGACAGCCAAAUCAACGCACCGGAAGCUUUAUCUGUUCUUGUACUUGACGACUGCAAGAUAUACUCUAUAUUCGCUCCGGGUCGCAUCCUCUAUGAACUCAGCAAUCCCCCAUGCGAAGCAACUCGCACAGUCUAUGGCGUUGAAAAGAUACGAUACCGUGUGGUGAACGAUGGCGCUGAGCCGAAGCUCAAGCAUGUUGUCGGUCAUAUCUAUGACAUGGGACAUGACCUUUUGACCCUAUCAAGGAAUGUGGCCAUCACCGGGCAAACAAGCCAAAAGCGUACCUAUAAGAACGUGAUCAUGUCUCGAAGGCUCGGAGGGGGUAUAAAAGUUGACGGACUGCUCCAGGCGGAGGCUCCACUGAGAGAUCGGUUGAACCAAGGUCGGAACAAUACUGUUGUGUGGAAAGAUGAUACAGGGCAGACCAUUGCUGUUGAGACACGGCUGCAGCGCGACAAGGACAACAAUAUCCUAGAACUUCCACGGCUCUCUAUCAAGGCUAGCAUUGAAGAGAAGCUCUACGAUUUGUUGGUUACCUGCUGGUGCGGAAGUAUAUGGAAGGAAGCCGAGAAAGAUCUGAAAGAGCCACUGAGUUGGGGAAAAUUCAAGCAUAUUGCAUCUACGAUGCCCAACAAGGCCCCGGGUAUGUGGUAUGGUGGUAGCACAGGAUGA